AUGGCCUCAACCCCAAUCUUCACCCCCGACGACUACACAAUAGCCCUCAUCUGCCCCAUGCCACUCGAACAAGCCCCCGUCGAAGCAAUGCUCGACGAAAUUCACCCAGACCUCCCCGUGACCACCCUCGACAAGAACAGUUACACUUUCGGCCGCAUUACCAACCAUAACGUUGUAAUCGCCGGGAUGCCAAAGAUCGGAAACAGCAGCGCAGCAUCCGUCGCGACGCAGGUUCUAAACGACUUCCGACGCCUCCGUUUCAGCCUCCUCAUCGGCAUCGGCGGCGGGAUUCCCAAUCUUUCCCACGGUGUUGACAUCAGACUUGGUGAUGUGGUUGUUAGUAAGCCCCAGGGCAUCUUUGGGGGCGUUGUGCAGUUUCGGCAGGGGAAGGUUCUCUCGCGUGGGAGAUUCGAGCGCACGGGUGCGUUAAGGUCUCCACCGGAUAUACUUUUGGCUACAAUGGGGAGGAUGGAAGCACUACAUCGGAGGGUGGAUAGUGCGAUACCGAGGCUCCUGGGGCAUAUGGUGCAGCGGUUUCCGAAGAUGGUGGCGGGUGGUUAUGUUUACCAGGGUGUUGAGAAUGAUCAGCUCUUCCGGGCGGAAUACGAACACGCUGAGUGGCGCAGAAAUUGCGAAGGAUGCGACCUAGAAGCGGUUAUUAGGCGUGGGGACCGGAUACAUUCCAACCCCGUCAUUCAUUACGGGACAAUUGGAUCUUCGGACGUUGUUGUCAAGGAUGGCCAGCUGAGGGAUAUGUUGAGGGAUGAUCUGGGGAUUUACUGUGUGGAGAUGGAGGCCGCCGGAUUACUGGAUUCUUUUCCCUGCCUGGUCAUUCGAGGCAUUUGCGAUUAUGCGGAUUCGCAUAAGAAUGAUAGAUGGCAGCCUUAUGCGGCGGCGGCGGCUGCUGCAUAUGCGAAGGAGCUGUUGUCUUAUGUCCCUGUUUUGAAUGACCCGCAACACGACCGACCGCAGCGCGGCCAUACGGUGCUAAGUGUGAGGAGUGUACGGAAUCUUGUGAAUGGGAGUGUGGCUGGAGAUGUUGUUGGGGGAGAUAAGGUCACUGGGGAUAAAGUGUGGCAGGAAUGGAGGAACUAG